CGCAGUUUGGUAAUCCUACUAAACAAAUCCUAGUAACCAAACGGAACAUUGACACCCAGACAUUUGAUAUAAAUGACAUACCAAGUGCUGAUCAUGAUAAUUUGUCUGAGCAAGGUACUGAAGGUGAGCGCUCCUUAGAAACUGAGAAGAGAGUCGAUGGCUCUUUAACCAGUAGGGGCGAUAAUGAGACAUCAGAGCUCUCCCAGAGAGAUUUGAAAGAGGAGGAACAAGAAGACACCAAAAGAAAGCUCGAUGACAAGAGAAACACUCCGGGUGAAAAACCUGACGAAAGAGAAAAACAGCUGGUCAAUGGCUUUGAAGACGAAAAACUAGCCACGGGGAUUCCUCAGGAGAAGAUUAAUCAGGGUGACGAGAACAAGCGUGAGGAUCAUCUUCAAAACAACGAUAUCCAAAAGGACGACUCUGGCGAGGGAAUUGGACCUCAGCCUAAACCAAUCUUUCUUGAGGAUGGAAAGACUUCGAACAACGCCAGUGACCGAAUUGGCCUCGAUCCAGGGCUGGGGAAUAAUCUCAAUGAUAAGAAAAUUGUCGGAGAACAAGGAAAAGAAGAUACUUUGGCAGGAGGAAUAGAUGAAGUCUACACUGGUUCAGGUUUACCAGCUAAACGUCCGGAUGACGGGUCUAUAGGAAAGCCUCAACGCAAUGAGGGAACAAAAAAAGAGGAGGCGUUCCGAGGGAAUAAAGAUGAAAAUGAAGAUCAAGAAAAAGAGUAAAAACUCAAAACAGAAAACUCGGUGGGUGGGGAAGAAGAAUUAGGAAACAAUAAAUCUCUUCAAAAGAACGAGGAGAGACUUGAUGGCCAUGGCUGGGAAACGUACCGCGAAAUAAAAAACCAAGAUAAAGAUGACCAACAAUCCAAAGCACAAGCUUUCGAUGAAGACAGUAUCCCGAUUUCAGAGCAUUACAAUGAUAAUAAAGAAGAAAAUGCGGGAGAUGAUCAGACAGAAAAUGAAAAUGGGUCGUCUCUAAUGGAUGGGGAUUCAAAAAGAGACCGGCAUGAAAAAGAUUAUCCCAGUGAAAUGAGAGAUGAGGGAACAACAGAGGGAGAAAACUAUAAAGAAAGAAGAGGCAGUUCUGAAGAAGAUGGAACCGAUACUAAAGUUCUGACAGGGGAGGAGAAACCUUAUAUUUACAGGAGAGAUGCAGCAUGCCAAACUAUCGCAGAAAACGACUCGGUUACUACUGGCCGUGAAAUGGAAAGUAAAGAAGCUGAGGAAGGAAUUUCUUUAGAUGAAAGUCCCGAUAACUCUACCGCGUCCAUACGAGUGCUAGUAUCUGAUCCAAAACUACUUAGGCCCGAAGAAUCAAACCCAACAACUCAGCCCUCUUGUGGGUCACUUGAAGAAGGUGAGAACUUAGAAAGAAAUAAGGAAGACAAAAACUCGCAGAAACCCAGUAACGAAAACACAUUUGAUUUUCCGGGAGAUGACAAUCUUACUGAUUCCUGCGGAGCAGAAUCCCGUUUGGCAGUCAUCACCGAAGACGAUGAGUCCGAAUUACCACAGAGCAAAUCUCCAGUUGAUGACCAAGAUCUCAUAAGGCAGCUGAAUACUAAUAACAAAAUGCUACAGGAUAAAUUCAAUUUACUUUGUGAAUUAGUGGGAAAAGAAUUUGUCGAAGAAAUUCCAGAACUUAAGAACGAGAAAGUAGAAGGUAAAGAUCUAUUAGAAAGUAUAAAUGAUCUGUACACGGAGAGCGAACAACUUACAGAUGAAUUGAAGCAAGUCGACGCUCAGAUAAGAGAACUUGCUGCAACACGAAGCGAUUGGCUUGCAGAUCUUAAUAAGCGACUGGAAAACGAGGAAAUUGAAGUGCUGCGUUCACUGGGGGAAAUUGAAAAAUGUUUGAGAAGGAAUGACGAUAAAAAAUUGACUGAGCAUCUCCUGAAAGAAAAAGAGGACGUCUGUACAAAACUUGAUGAGAUCAGUAAUCUGUUAAACGAACAGAAAGAAGCAAUGGUGGAGUUAGGAAGCAAGGAGGACAAAACGAUCUCUGGGCUCAUGUGCAAGAUGGAUGUUUUAAAAGAUGAUCUCAAUGAAAAAGCACAACAACACAAAUAUAAGAGCAAGGCGCUAGAGGCAGCAAAGAAGGCGUCGGGUGAGGAAAAGGAAGACUAUCAGAAAUCUUUCAUUAAUUUGAAACUUCAGCUCGCAGCUUUAGAAGAAGGAAUUCCCAAAACCAAGAACGAUGGGUAUCCUAAAAGACAGAGUAAUAAUGAGUUUCCGACUGAAAUAAUGUCGGUUGUUAAAAGUAAUGCAGACGCAGAAGAUAAGAGAGAAAGGCUUGAAAAGGAAAUAAAGAGGACAGAAAAUGAGAUUGAGAGAUGCGGCAGAAUGCUAGAAAAGAGAAUCAACAGAUUAAGGCCCUUCAAACGAAAACUGGCACGAAUCAGGAGCUCUCUUGAUUUAAUGGGUACGCUACCAGAUAACGAAAGCAAAAAAGUACCUAACGAUCCGACGGAUCAUGUCGACGACCCUGUAGAUAUAGACUCUGAGCCCCUCUUUGUAGAUAAACAACGACUUUUCGAUGAAGCAGAAGGUAUUAGAGAAAAGGAAGCAGAAAUCGAGAGGAGAACUGAAGAACUGGACCUUGGAAUGAGUAAAAUUGACCUACCAUAUGAGCUUAAACGUGAACUUACUGAUGAUAUCACCUCAGCUGAGAAAGUGGGCAUGACUCAAGGAUAUAAGGUCGCAGCUGAAAAGGAGUUGCAAUGCCUGAAAGAAAAAAUCAAUGAAGAAGAAAGCAAACUGAGAGAGGUGGGCUACAGCGAUCCAAUACAACUCAUCCAGGCUCUGGAGGAAAAACAAAAGCUAUUAAGAGGGAAAGCUGGGCUGGACCAAUUACUUAAGGGUGACUCAAGUGGUGUGGACGAGCAAAACCCUGAUGUUGAUCAGCUAGAGUUACUCUUCUCGCAAAGAGAACGUCUGUUGGAAAAGAUCCAUGCUCUAGAUAGUGAUAUUUCGUACGAACAGCACAAUUUCAUUGAUGCAAUGCAGUUCAAGAACAAUGGAAAAAUAUAUGGAGACUCAGACUCCAACAUCAAGGGGCUUAUAGCGAGUAAAGAAAAUCUAUUUCUAGAGCUAAAGGAUACCAACGAGAAGAUAUUGCAGAGUCUAAACACAGGUGCUCUGAGAGGACCACAAUCUGAAUUUAUUGAAGAGCUUGUUGAGCGAAAGGUAAAACUUGAAGACGACAUAAAUAAAUUUCAAGAUUCAAUAGAUAAUGAAAUGGCACGGGCCUCUGAGAUGUUGGUUGCUCUUCUUGAACAGAAAGCCGAAAUUACGAGAGAGUUUAAAAGUGACACAGAACGUGCUACGGACGUUGUAGAGAGGUUACAAGAAAGCAUUGCUGAUGAUCCCGACAAAAACGAUAACAAGAGUGUUUCAGACGAAAUUAAAACAUUCGUCAACGAAGCAUGUUUGAUUCUUAAUCCAGAGACAACACCAACAAUCACUAAGGAGAGAAAGGAACUGUGCCAUAAACAACAAUUGAUGGAAAACCUUGUCAAAAGAGAAGCUGAAAAACUAACAGAAGCGAAACGAAAGGGGCAAGAUCUCAUUGAGAUUGAGCGUGCUCUUAAAAAUGCAAUUGAAGAAAAGUUUCCUAUAGAUUUCAGACUUAAGGAGAUGGAUGAGCACGAUGCUAAAGAGGAUAAAAUUAAGUUACCUUCUAAAAUGAGAAAGCAGAAUGAAAGACAAGCAGAUGCCAAAGAACUAGCAAAAUACCGAGAUAGUGACACCACGCGGCGUACGACCAGUGAUGACGCACUGAUAGAAAAAUCCAUUCAAGAGAUCCAGAAAGAGAAGAAUGAAAGAAGUGAAACAGAGCUACCUUUGCCUAUUGCUGAUGAAAAAUGUGAGGAAGAGAUGGGCAUAGCUAACAAAGAACUGAAUGAGGAAACUGAAGAAAAGCGCAGAGAACUGGAAGAGAACCUUUCUCAAAUAGACAAUCGCCUUGAAAUCAUGUUGCAAGAUUGUGACCCUUCAGAUGAGCCCCAAAAAUCUGUCCUUGAAAAUGUUACAACUCUGAUUGCCACAAAGGCUAAGCUACAAGAAGACCUUCAACUAGCACAACUUUUUGAAGAUCUUUUGAAGCAAAAAGAACUUUCCUCUGAGGAACAGUGUUCUGGCUCGGGACCAAACAAAGACAGCUAUCAAAGAAAAAUAAAGCUUGGAAGUGAUCUUAAAAAGCUUAAUGAUAUGAUUGAUCGUAGAGAAAGAAAAAUACGAAAGAUAGAAGCGGAAAAAGACGCCAAAGAAGAACAAUUGAAGAUUUUGAAUUGCGAAAGAAGGGAACUGGAUGUAAAAAUGCAACUAUUGAAGGAAACGAUUACAACUGCAAGGGCAGAAGUAGAAGCAGCAUUAGAGGAGAUGCAAGUUAACAUUAGUGGACAAGAGAGGCUCUCGGACGAAGAACAGCUGGCACUAAACCAAGAGUUGGAAGUGUUAGAGAAUGCGAUCGAACAAGGCAACCAGGAGCUUCAAGAAGUAGAGGAAGAAUUAAAUCUUCUCAAGCAAGAAGUCCACGAAAGCAAAGAUUCCAUCCACAUGGACAUUCUUGACCUUGAAAAGUCGCUAGUGGAAAAAGAGAGUUUAAGGGAUUAUUUGGCUGAAAUCGAUAGAGCACUCGACGAUAACUACGAUAGCGAUUCAAAUGGGCAAGAAUACCCCGCCAGUAUUGAGGAACUUCGCGAGAAAAAGAACAAACUAAAACUUAGGUUGGAUGAUGUACAAAAAGAGAAGACAAAGUUGCACAUAGGAUUCGAAGACGAGGAAAUGAACGAGGUCAUGGACGAUUUAAAACAGCAAAAGAGGGAACUUGAGGCACGAAAAGAGCAAAUCUCUGACAUAAUACGCGAAUCAGGUGUGGUGGGUAUGUUAGCUGAAAAAGUAAGAAAAAAUGGGGACUCCAUGCCACGUUUUCACAUUCACGGUAUUCUGGCAGAUAUGGCAAGAGGUGAGAAGACGUUAAUAGAACUGAUAAAAGAACGGCAGGAUUUAAAACUUGCUGCUCAAAGACAAAGCGAGAAUUUAAAAAAUCUGAUCGAUUUGUUGAGUUCCAAAAUUGGCGAGAAUCUAGUCAGUUCUCUCGUAACACUUGAUACUGAAGAAAAUGAAUCGGAGGGCAAGAAUCAACAUCAAGCAGUGAUUGACGAAGUAGAAGCUAAUGGGGUAACAAUUAGUGACAUACUCAAUGAUAUGAGCGAAGAAAAUAAACAGCUCAGCGAUAUUAAUGGCGAACUAAAUUCCGAUUUGGAAACGCUUAAAGAGAUAAUUGGUGAGGAACUAAUCGAUGCAUUGUUGAGUGAAAGACCACCGAGUGAAGAGGCAGAAUUUGAAGGCGUUGUUGACGCGGUACGGAACCGAGGAGAGACUUUGGAAAGCAUAUUGCGCGAGCAGAAGGAAACAAAUGAGUUAAUAGGAGACAUGCUUGGAAAAGAUCUGUUACGUGAUAUCCUUGAUAUAGAAGACAAACCUCACAAUUCCAGUUGGAACAUUUCAGCUCCCGCAGUCAUGAGGAAAUAUGAUGAGGAUCUUGAAAACGUGAUCAAGGCAUAUGAAAAAGAGCUAGAUAAUCUAUCGCGUGAAAACAGCUUGCUGAAGGAGAACCUGGGCACAGAUCUUUCUCGAGCUCUUCUACAAAUGAGCAAAAUGCCAAAGACGCCUAUUAGCAUCGAAGGUACAGAGCAGGAACUGCAACCUGGGGUUCAAGACGGGAAAAUCACACGGGAUGAACUGCUUGAAAAUAAGACAUUGGCCUUAGAGACUACUCAAGAGAGUGAGUAUAGUAGUCAAAAAGAUGCAGAUAGCGACAUCACUCCUAUUGAAGAAACGGAAAGCGAAAUAAGAAAGAAAGGAAAAAGGAGAAGGAAAAGAGAGAUGAAAAGGAAAGCUGCAGGGUAUGGUUCUCCUGAAGUCGAGACUUUAAAAGAUAAAGACCACAAAAUACAAACAAAUGUGAGCAUUUCUGAGGAACUCUUCACUGGAAAUAAAAAUAUGUUGGCAGAUGCAGAAACUCCACUGCAACUAGAUGGAAGAUCAAGUAUUGAGCCAAAUUACUUACCACCAAUACUAGAUAAAAUUUUGUCAUCGUAUUUCGAUUCUCCAGCCGAUAGACACACAUCUGAUUUGGCUGUCGAGGAAGAAGAAAUAAUAAAACAACCACUCAAUGCACCGAUUAUAAUGAGAGCUAGUGGGAAAACACUUGAAGACGUCAUAGCUCAGUACGAAAGAAAUCUUGAAAAACCAGUAGAGGUCAAAGAAAAUAAGGAAGCAGGAAUGGAUGUGGAAUCUAGUAUAGCAGAGCCAGACAACAUACGUGAGAUGGACGAGAACGUGAAGGGUAUCGUUGACGCUCAGGAGAAAAACAUGGAGAUGCUUCAAGUCCUGAAGGAAAGGCUUGGAGCAGAUCUUGUACAUGCCUUGAUAGAUGAUAAAGAAGAAGGUCACCUUGAUGAUCUUGUGAACGAUGAAAUUGAAGCAAAUGAUAGUGAAAUGCAUCAGAACCAAUCUGAGAUCACUGAACAACAUGACGAUAGACAACCUCAAAAAGAUAAAGCAGUCUUUUCAGCAGAAGGAAGUUUGACAGACGUAAUGGAUGAUAAAGAAAUCGUAUUACAGCAAAACCAACAGGGCGAGAGAACCUCAAACGCGAGGGUACUGAGGGCACCGAAUAUUGCCUUGGAGAAUAGAAAAACUCUUUUUGAUGUCAUAGCAUCUUAUGAAGACGGACUGGAUUCUUUGCGGUCUAAAUUAGGACCAUCCUUGACAAAUACUCUACUGGGCAUGGAGACACUGAGCACUGUGGAAGGAGGAGCGCUAGACGACGAAGAAGGGGCGAAAGUACCUCAAGAAAGUCUUACAUGUGGAGAAACACACGAAGAGAGAGAAGAAAAAGCACCAGAUAAGGACCUCGCAAAAGAAAACGAUAUCGCACUGCCAGACAGAGGCUCUGUACUAUUUAGCACUGAGGGAGUAAAUUGUUUGGAAAAAGAGUUACGGGCACCUGAGCUUAUGGCAACGAGCGGAAAGACUCUCGAAGAGGUAAUAGAAGAUUACGAAGACAGGAUUAAGGAAGAAAUCAGCGAACUUCAGAGCCUAGUUGGUUUGUUGAAAGACAAACUUGGCAACGACCUUUAUCAUACUCUACUUCCACAUUCGGAUUUCAGGGAUGAGGAGACAUCGGGAAAGGACGAGACAGAUCAAGGACUCCCAACCAAGCGCGAUCCGGAUUCCCUUGAUAUAAAAAGUGGUGAGUCGGAACAUGAUUUAAAAUCUACGUAUUUGCUAAAGGACGACGGUGAAACCGUGGAGAAUAUCUUGAGAAAGUACGAAAAACAGAUAGAUGAACUUUCGAGCUUAGUCACAGGUGAGGAUUACGGAGACGUAUCAAUUUCACAGCUGAUAUCAAAUUACGAAGAUAAGAUAUCAGAUCUGGAGAGAGAUAACGAGGCACUGGCAGAUCGAUUAUCUGGUCUAGCGAAAUUGGUAGGAAGAAAUCUUCUUCACAAGUUGGAAAAUGUGGAAAACGAAGAUUUUCAAAAGAAAGAGGAAGUUGACGAAGUGGGUCAGAAAGAUGACAUUAAUGCACCAAUAAUGAUGCAAAAGAAUGAUCAAACGCUGGAGAGGGUGAUAAAAAGUUACGAGAAGGAACUAGAGGCUUUGAGAAAACUAUAUUCAAACCAAGGCGAAAAUACCUGUAUGGAAGACAUUGUAAGAGACUAUGAAGAAAAAAUCGAUGAUCUUAAAAGCAAAAACAAGGAUGCAAUGGAUAACUACAACACACUGGCCAACAAAGUUGGUAAUGACUUAGUACAAGAUAUCUUGGCAUCACUGCCCGACGAGGAUCAUCAAUCUGACGAUGAAAUGCCCAGCGCGAACAAUGCUAGUCACCUAAAUGCCCCAUUCAUCAUGAAAAGAGAUGUCGAUUCAUCUCUACAAGACGUUCUUGAAUUGUAUGAGAAAGCAUUAGGACUCUUUCCUGGUACUCCAAAUGAAGAGAACUUUGUUGACGCCAAGAUGAGUACAUUCGAUAACCUUAAGAAAGAAAAUGAGAUUUUGAAAGAAGCAAUUGGAAACCAGGAGGUCACGGACCUGAUCCUGACGGCCGAAGAGGAAACUCAAGCUACAGCUCCUACAAAACGUAAGCCGGAUUCUUCUAAAUCCAGUGAACAUUCAAGUGGGGAUGGUUUGGAUGACAAGCCCGUUUCUCCCGAUGAAGACAAACCACACGAUACUGAACUCGAGCGACACGAAGACCCAACAACCACAAAUGUCUUCAAAACGCCGGAGAAGGAGCUGGAAACAAUACAGAAGUCACCUACUGCCGGGUCAAAGGAAAGUGAUUCAUUUACAGAGCUGAUAAAAGACCUCGAGGAUAGGAGUGAGGAAUUAGAAAAUGAGAAGAAACAUUUGGUGGAAAUGAUGAAUCACCUUGAGAGAAAUAUCGGACCUAACCUUACGUAUGACCUACAUAAUUUGAAGAGAAGUGACAAAGAGUCUGAUACGUAUACUCUCGACGACAAAAAGUCUUCAAACUUAGAGGCACCAAUUAUUAUGAAAAAUGAAAACAGAGCGUUGGAAGACGUCCUAAAAAAUUACGAAAAAGAAUUAGAAGUCCUUCGAAAACUGGUCCCAGACCAAGGAGAGGAGGGAAAUACCAUAUCAGGUAUCGUGAAAGACUACGAAGACAAACUUGAAAACCUCACUAAAACAAACAAUGCUCUCGAGGAUGGGUUGCGUGGACUUCGAGGAAAGAUUGGUGAUGGACUCUUUGAAGACCUACAACCAGAGGUUAACAAUCUUGAAGUAAUAGAUGGGUACGAAACCAGCGCGAAGGAGGAAGUUGGUCAAGUAAAGACGAAGAGAGCCCUGAAGGCCAUUGAAAUAUUAAAUAACUCUCAAGAACCUUUAGAAGAUAUUGUGGCAAUGUACGAAAAAGGUCUUGAGAACCUCAAAAGAGAAAACAAGGUAUAUACGGAUGGUAUCGGUAAAGAUUUGGCCGAGGCUUUAUUGGUAAUGGCAGAGAAGGAGGACUGUUUUUUGUCAAGUCAAUUUGAUGCAAAGGAACUGGAAGCUCUUUCUCCCUCAACUGAAGAUUUGUCAUACAAAUGUAGCCCCACCGGUGAAUAUAAAGACGCGAGAAAGUUUACAGGUACAUGCAAGGAAGAUACACAGGGGCCCUCACGUAGCAAACUCGACACAGAUGACAGAAAAACACAUUCGGAUGAGCUAAAAGCUAUUUCACUUCUUGAAGAUGAAGGAUUGAAUCUCGAAACAAUUUUGAAAAGGUACGAAAAAGAACUAGAUGCACUCGGACAAAUAACUACUGGGGAAAACGAAGAUGACGUCAACGUGUCUGACCCAAUUGCAAAUUUGCAGAAUAACAUCGAAAGAUCAGAGGACGAAAAGAGGAUUUUAAUGGAAAGGUUGCAACAUCUCGAAGACACCGUCGGUGCAGAACUAUAUGCCGCGUUAGACUGUUUUAAGAAGGAAAGAGAAAAAGAUGAUGAGAAAGUAGACUCCUGCGAUGAGAGAAUGGACAUAAACGUGAUUAAUGUGAUGAAAUAUGAGGAGAAGAACUUAGAGGACAUCAUAAAUAACUAUGAAAAAGAGCUGUUGGCAUUAAGAAAGCUGGUGCCUGGUCAAGAUGAUGAAAAGUAUUCAGUAGCUGACGUUAUCAAAGAGUACGAAGGAAAAAUCAAAGACCUACAGGAACAAAAUACGGACUUGAGACUUAUCCACAAUCAACUUGAAGAAAAUAUCGGAGGCAGUCUUUUCGAAGACCUCAAAAGCGCCAGGAGACCUUCAUCAGGAAGCACAGAAAAGCUAAGUGAGGAGCAGGAAAGAACAGAAAAGCUGCAAGCAAAGAAUAGAAGGGUGCUUCCCUUGGAAAGGUGGAUAGAGUUUUAUGAACAAGAUCUUGAUGAAAAAGAAAAAGAAAUAAACACUUUAAAGACCUUUGUUGGACCAAGGCUUGCCAAAUUUCUGUUAAAUUUAGCGGUGGAAAAACAGAUACCAUUGUUCGUUGAUUCACAAAAGCAAAGUACAGUCGACUGUGAAGAAAGCAAAGUGCCGUUUACUUCGAUGUCACCAGAAAAAAGACUUGAAGGGAAUUUUCAGUCAUUUGACGACAAUAAUAAUGAUGAAGAGGACGUUAGGUCAAUUCCUGGCUCUGAUUAUCUGAGAGCUCAGUUACACAUAAGAGAUGAAGGCAAGACUGUAGAAGAUGUCUUGAUAAAGUACGAAAAGGAGCUGGGAAUAAGAUCAAAAGAGCUGUCCGCUGGCGACGGAGUCUCUGUUCUUCAAGUGGCUGCAGACUACGAGGAAAAGAUUGGUAAACUGGAAAAAGAAAAGGACCACUUGUCAAGCAGGCUAGAUGACAUAGAGCAUAAAAUUGGAACUACACUUUUAAAUAAAAUAGAGCAAAGGGAACAAGAGAAAGUCUCAGUUGUCAACAAUGAAAAUCAAGAGGACGAUAUGGCAAAUAAUUUAAAGGCUCCAGAGAUUGUGCGGAGUGAAGGAAAAACUUUAGAAAAUAUUAUCAACAGGUAUGAAAAGGAGCUCACCGCCCUUAGGAGUCUAGUACCAAAAGACGGAGACGAAGUUAGUUCUAUAACCGACAUCGUUAAAUCCUACGAAGAUAAGGUUGACCAGCUAAGGGCAGAGAGCGAGAGGAAGAGACUUGAUUCAGACAGACUGGUGCAACGGAUUGGCCCCAAACUUGUUGGAGAUAUAAAAAAACUGAACGAAAUCAGUAGUAGUGAGGAAAGCGAUGGUGCCAUGCAGCCAGAUAACAGCUCGGAAUUCAGGUUCGAAAAACAGGACAAAGAUCUAAAAGUAACCAAGAUCAUGGAUGUAAAGAAGUCAACUUUGGAAGAUGUUUUAGAAACCUACGAGAAUGCACUCGGAGUUCUGUUGAGUGAUGCUUCACCAUUCUCCGAUGAAUUAAACACAGGGAAUGUCAUAGCUGAAUACAACAACCCUGUCGAGGAAUUACAGAAAGAAAACGAACUUCUCAAAAAUAGCAUUGGUCCAACUCUGUCAGAACGACUAUUAGCUAUCGCAAAGGACGAUUACAGUGGUGCUCACAAAAAUGAAUCUGAAGAUGGAGAAACUGUGGAGAUAAGAGACCCCUGUUUAGACGAGAGCAGAUUUUCCAAGACCUCAAAAUAUCCAAGCAGGCCUCGAAGUAAUCUUUCAUCGCCAGUGGAAACGACAGCUGAAAUUGUCAUCAUAGAGGGAGGACAAACAAUAGAAGACAUCUCAAAAAAUUACGAGAAGGAGCAAGGAGUUCUGAAGUCACUUGUUCCCGACCAAUCAGAUAAAUCGGCGAGAGACCUGGAAAAUCCAGCGUUGGAGAUGGAGAAGGGGAAAGACGAUCUAAAAGCUCCUUUUAUAAUGCAGAAAGAAGGCAAAUCCUUAGAGAACAUCCUGAGAAAAUAUGAAAGAGAACUAGAAGCGUUACGAAAAGCUGAUCCAGGAAAAGAGGGAAAAACAUGCACGAUUACGGGAAUAGUCAAUGAAUAUGAAGAAAAAAUUGAAGAAUUGAAAACCCAAAGUGAAAGCCUGAAGGACGAAUUAGACUUUCUUAAAGAAAGGAUUGGUCCGGAACUUGCGGAGGACGUCAUGUCGAUGAAAAGAAAUACAGCAAAGGGUGGUACAAACGCCACUGAGAGAGGACACAGAUCAAACAAAACACCAAAGUACAAAGCUAUGAAAAUCAUGCAAGAAAAGGAAACUACCUUAAAAGAUGUUUUGGAGUCGUACGAGACAAUGUUAACUAUUAAAUCUGAUGAUGGUGCAUUUUCAAGCGCUGAACAACUGAAAAUCUUGAGAGGAAAAGUUGGAUCAGAGCUCACAAACGAAUUGUUGCUUCCUCAAACAGAGACCGAGGUAGGAAUGAAACAAAAGUGGAGAGCAGUCACAAGAUUAAAGGAGGAAAACACAACCCUUGCAGAUAUUUUAGAAACCUAUGAACUGGAACUGGAGAGAUUAACCAUAGAAAAGAAUGCGAUUGAGGCAUUAGUCAAAGACGAUGAAAAUAAUGGUCAAUCUGUUCUCGACGUAAUUUCACAAUACGAAGAUGAAAUUGAACAUCUAAAGAGCCAGAAUAUUGAAAUGGAAAGUAAAAUGUCCACAUUGAUAGCAAGAAUGGGAGAUAAUUUGGUGAACGACGUUCUCAGAUUGAGUUUUAAGGAGAAAACGAGGUUAAAGUCGUCAACAAAAGCGCUCAAGAUAAUGGAAGAUGAAGAAAAGCAACUUUCAGUCAUUUUGCAGGAAUACGAAAAUGAGAUUGGAAAAUUGUCAAGAGAGAAUGAGACUCUUAAAACGAUCGCCAACACAGAAAGAGGUGUUGAAAAUGGUGACUCGAUAACAAAUCUUGUCACAAAUUACGAAAUGAAGAUUCAAGAACUCGUCAAAGAAAAACAGGAUAUUGAAACAAACUUUGGUAUGUUAGCUGAUGGGGUAGGACGAGAUGUGGCGGACAAAAUCUUAAGCCCUAGUGACGCAGAGGAGACUUUGCCUCUAAAUGCUCUAAAAAUAAUGAAAAACGAACAGAAAACCCUUGCUGAGGUAACAAAACAAUAUGAAAACAGUUUACAGAGCAUGAAGAGAGAAAUUGCUGCCAUGCAUCAUCUUGUUUCUGAGGAUCCGGAAAAGUCAUCACUUUGGGAUAAGGUAUCAGAAUAUGAAGAUGAGAUUUCAAACUUGAAAAACAAAGUUCGAGAGCAAACUCUGUUGGAGAAGAAAAUAGGAAUGGACUUGGCACAACAGCUUAAAACACUGGGAGAAAAUAAAACAGAAGGGAUCGUUCUCAGGGCAGUGGAGGUCAUGGAGAGGAAAAGCGAUACAACCCUUGAAGAUAUCUUGAAAGACUACGAGAACGAAUUAGAGAAGAAAGAUCACGAAAUAUUAACACUAAAGGAAUUAGUGUCCGGUGAUAUACUAUCGAUAGCGACAUCCCAAGAAAGUGAAAUAGAUGAACUCAAGAACGUAAGAAAGAUCAUUGCCAAGGAGCUUGACGUAUUAUCUGAUAAAGUUGGAAGAGAGCUUGUGAAUGAAAUAUUGAACACAUCGAAUAAAACACCAACAACGGAAAGCCACCGUGGUUACCAUAAUUUAGUCCAACGAAUGGAAGAUGAAGAAAAGUCGCUCGCAGAUAUUUUAGACGAAUACGAGAUGGAAAUCGUAGAAAAGCGCAAUGAAAACGACGAGCUUGCCAAAAAAGAGGCUACGUUUACAAAGCUCUACGAUAAAAUCGGCAGCGAUCUUUUAAAUGAGAUUUUGAUGGACAAUCUACCCGAGAGUUCCCGAACGGACGUGAAGCCUCCUUUUGAAGCCUUGGCAUUGAUGGCGGAGGAAGAGAAGACCUUGGGAGAGGUUAUUCUCGGCUAUGAAAGAGAGCUGAACAAGCUUAAAAGGGAAAACGGGGCCCUUCAUGCAUUGACAGAGAAGGAAAGUUUGGCUGAUCGUUCAGAUCUUGCAUGUUUUUCAGAAUAUGAAGAGAAAAUUCAAAAGCUUAGCAGUGAGAACCUGGAAUCCAACAAAAGGCUGCAAAAACUAACUCUUACGGUAGGAGUGGAAUUGGUUGAAGAGUUGCUGAACUUACCCGAUAGAGUAAAUAACGUUCCCUUGGAACCUAUUAAUGACUUGCAAGCGUUGAGAACUGUCGAGGAAAAUCAAAUUACAUUGGCUCGUGUUUUGCAAAACUACGAAGACCGACUAAGAGAAAAAGGGAAUGUUGGCGUUGGUCCUUUGGUUUUCAGAAAGGCUCUGACCGAGGAUGUAAAAUUAGCUCAGAUAGUUCAUGUUGACGAGAAGGAGCCAGUAAUUUCCAUUUCAGAAGAUGAAAGAAACCCAAAAUCUCAAUACCAAGAAGCUGAGGAAAUGCUCACCCUGGAAAAUAGCAGAGAAGGCGAGGAAAUUAAAUCAGGCGAUCAGCACCAAGUUAAAACACUCGUUAGCGAGAACGAAGCUUUACGCUUCAAACUGAGACGGCUAUCCAAGAGGGUAGGUGCAGAACUUGCGGAGGAACUUAUGAGGUCACAAGAAGACGACAGUAACGAUAUGAACGCCGCUGUCACUUUUGCUUCCGUUAGGGAGCUUGAUGCUUUUAAUGACGUUGUCACAGAGAGAGUAACAUUAGCCCAGGUGUUGGAAAGCUAUGAAAUGCAAUUGAAAAAACCACGUCAGGUAAAAAUGACUGAUUUCAGUGGGCCUGUGAUCGCAAGUCACAUUGUUUGUGAAAAUUCAACAGGUGCCAACUCGGCGCCCACUGACGAAAGCGGAAGUACUGAUUUAACUAUGCCAAGCAGUCAAAUCUUAGAAGAAGACUGUGAAAUUAGUGACCAAGACGAUGUAAACCAUUACUUUGCUCCCAAUCCUGGUGAGGCAAACUUGGUACCGAGUGAAGAGAGAACGAGCUUUAGUGAUAAACUGAAGGACACGGACGAUCGUGAAAAGGCAGAUUUAUGUGAUAUGGAUAUCAGUGCGCUGAAGAACCUUUUUCCAAAGGAACCGAAAAUCACGAUACCCAACCAAGAAUCUCCACUACCACUUCAAGUUCAAGAAGUCAUAAACGAGGAAAUCCUAAGCGUGGAGGUAUCAAGGCAUGAGGAACAUUUCAAUCUCGAGUAUAUGGAAGAAUUGUUUAGUGAUGAUUUACCAGAGGAAAAUAAAAACGAUCAAAGUGAAGUUCCAAAUUCAAUCUGGUCUGAGAAGUAUUUAGCAGAAACAAAAGCAGCAACAGAAAUCGAAAAUGAGAAUGAAGAUUUAGAUAGUUUGCGAGAUAGAGUAAAGAAGUUAGAGAAAGCGCUUGAGGAAGAGACGAAUUUAAAACAGAAAUACGAAAAAGAUAUUCAGGAUUUGCUUCAAGACAUUGUUGACCUGAAGAUGAAGAAUGUAGACGAUGACGACGGUGAAACGCCAGAGGAGACACGGAAAAGGAUAAUGGAAGAAAUCGAGUUGAAGCAGGACAACAAACAACUUCAAGAAGACUUAACAAACGAAAGAAAGAGAAGAUUGUCCAUAGAAGAAAGCAAAAGGGAUUUGCUUGAUGAGCUUAACAGCUUGAUGAGAGAAAAGGAACUUCUCUUAAAACAAAAGAAUGAUGACAACCAAAACGGAAAACUUUUAGAAGAUAUGAUCAAUUUAAGGAAAAAGAUCGGAGAACUCGACACAGAAAACAAACGUCUAAAAAAAGAAGUCAAGGAAUUAAAAGAAGCAUUAAGCGAGGUAAUUGUCACUCAUGAUGAAGAGAAAAAUAAAGUACUGGAAGAAUGUGAAAAAGAGAAAUCAGAGAUGAUGGAAGAGUUGGUGGCUUCGAAACGUGAGCUCGAGUCCCAGCUUCAAGAACUGUUUGCUAUGAAUGACGAUCUUAAAGGAACCAUUAACAGCCUUCAAGAGGAACUGAGAGAAUCAAGUGAAAGGUUCUCCGCAGAAAUUGAUGUUCCAAACGAAAAUGGUGAAAGUGAAACCUUAAAAGACAUCAAUCACGGGGAGAAUAGGUUGUUAACGCAAACAUUGAAACAAGAAGGUGAAGACGAAGAAAGAAGUCCAUCAAUAGAGUUAAAAAAUCUUGACGAACAAUGGAAGACAGAGAAAGACGAACUGCAAGAAAUAUUCAAAGCGGAAAAAGAAAGGCUACAAAAAACGUUUGAUGAUGAAUUGAAGAGAAAGCUAGCUGAAAAUGACGAGCAACACAAACAGAGAAUCGAAGAAAUGACAAUGGAAAUAAAUCGAAAGUUUUCAAAAGAGAAAAAGGAAGUUAAGGCGUCUGUUGAGAGAAGGAUAUACGAACAGUUACUUGAUAAAAACAUUGCAGCAGAAACCGACUUCCAAGAAAUCCUUUCUAAAAUCUUACAGGAACACUCUAAAGAAAUAGAAAACGUCGAGAAUGAUAUACGGAAAGCAGAGGAAAGAUUCCAGGAAGAUAAAAAUAAACUGCUAGAAAAAAACCAUAGCGAAAAAGAAGCACUAAAGAAGAUGCACGAGGAAGAAAAGAAAGUUCUUGAAUCCACUAUUCAAAACCUUCUUAAAGAGGUCGUGAAAUUGAAGCACCAAAGAAAAGAAAUUAGGAUGAUACACAAAAAAGAGAAAGAAACUAUGGAAGAGAUUUACGAACGGGAUAGGAUAAAGCUUAAAGAGGACUGGGAACUAUACAAAAGAGACUUAUUGAGCAAACUUGAGGAAGAAUUUGACAUCAAGUUAGCAAACGAGACGCAGAAGCUUGAGAAAAAUUUUGAGGAUUUAAAAGAGCAGUUGGAAAAAGCCGAACAUAGGAGAAAAGAACUAGAAGAUCGUCUGAAAGGAUAUGCCAUCGAUAGUGACCAGGCUAGAGUCUAUGAGGAUGACAAGGGUGGUCGGAGUGGCCAAGAGGACGAGGUUUAUGCAAAGGAACUUAGAUCCGUGAAAAAAACCUUAGAGGAGGAAUAUGAUAAGAAACUGAAAGAGCAAAAACUGAAGUUUGAGGAAACACUGCAGGGCCUACGACGAGAGAUUGGAAAUCUGCAAGAAAAGCGAAGACUAAUUCAAGACAAGAUAUACAACCAAGAUCCCUCCCUUGUAGAUAGGAACUUAGUUGAGAAGAGUAUCGCUAAUUACAAAAUGGAGAUACUGUCUAAAAUGGAGGAGGAAUUUGCGCAAAAAAUAGCUCGAGAGAAAAAGUCCCUUGAAGAGACAAUUAGUGAACAACAGUUAGAAAUCGAUGAACUGAAGAGGCAACGCUGGGAGCUGAGGAACCAGCUAAGGCGAGAUCGAAGCAACUUAGAAGAAGAGUUUGAACUCGAAAAGGAAAGAAUGGAAAAUCAGUUCUUAAAGGAAAAGGAAGAGCUAAAGAACAAGCUUGAGGCAAGAUUACAACGACAGAUGACAAAGCGGGCAGAAAAAGUCAAUAGGGCAAUAAGUCCCAUCUUUACCGAAUCCCCUUACAGCCCACAAGACUCUCCUAGAAGGCUGAGAUCGGAAAACUUGGCUCUUAGAGACGACAAUCAACGACUGGAGCAAGAAAUGAGGCAAUUGACCAGCCAACUUCAGACCUUGGAGUCCAACUUUCAAGAAAUCAUGUGUUCAGAAAGGACGAAGGUUGAAAAAAUGAAGAGAAUUCAAGAAAGAAUGCCUAAAAAGGUUACCUUCUCAGACGAAGUAGAAACAAGGAGCUUGGGUUACACCGCUGGUGAUCCUAAUGAAACGGUGCUGCAAGAACUACGCCACAGAGAUUCUCAAGUCAGAGAAUUGUUGGAACAAAAACACUUUUACGAGGAAGUCCUGUCUGAACUCUGCGAAGAAGCUGGGCUCUUCGAACUUGAUCAGAAUGUUGUAGUCUAACUCGAAAUAGGAUCGAUAUUUUACUUAUUGACGAAGAGCACACUUCCGGAUUUAAAUUCAUCAGGAUAUUUAAUAAUCAUAGCUUCAGAUUGCGUUAUAAUAUUGAUCACGAGCUCGUAAUUUCAUUGAUAUCGGAGCUAAAUUUUAGAUUUUUAUUUUACCAAAUAUUCAGAUUGAGCUUUCAUUUAGCGAAAAUUAACUGACUAAAAUCUUUGCUAUCUACUUUAAAGAAGAUCGUUUGUUUCGCUCAAAUUUUUACCUGUGUGCAAUUAUUUAUUGCAGAAUGAAAGUGUGGAAACAUGCUUUUAAAAUUACUAAAUGUAAAUUUUAAGCAAAAUAGAUCGUGUUGUUAAAGUGAAACCUGAAAACAGUAAUAUUUUGCAGUUUAUGCAGUAAUAAUAGUAAUAGUAAUCAAAGUUUAAUGUCUUUACGUGGGGCAUGGUUACCCAUAUUGCCCGAGCCAGA